UCAAGUUAGUCGAAACUUGCAUGAAGAGUUGUGUAUUAAUGCUGACCAUUGUCAACUAGAACCACCGAAUGCCGUUUGUGUGAUAUCUAAACUUCGGCACCGGAGGAGACGUGAAGGUUUAUAUUUUUGCAUCAUGACACAUGAGGAUGAUAAGGGGAUCCCAGUGAGGGUCGCCUUGCGGUGCCGCCCAUUGGUCCCUAAAGAAACCAACGAGGGCUGUCAGUGCUGUCUGACUUUUGUGCCUGGACAACCGCAGGUGAUUGUUGGCACAGAGAAGGCGUUCACCUAUGAUUAUGUAUUCGAUCCCACUGCUGAACAAGAAGAGGUCUUCAAUACAAUUGUGUCCCCCUUGUUGUGUGGGCUUUUCAAAGGCUACCAUGCCACAGUUCUUGCAUACGGGCAGACAGGAUCAGGGAAGACCUUCUCCAUGGGAGGUACAUACACAUCAGCUCAAGAAGAUGAUUGUUCAGUCGGAGUUAUUCCACGAGUUAUCAGAAGGAUCUUUGAGGAGAGGGAGAAGGGGUCAGCUUGUGAUUUCUUGUUGGCAGUAUCUUACCUGGAGAUCUAUAAUGAAGAUAUAUUGGACUUGCUGUGUCCAUCUAAAGAUAAAACAGGCCUCUGCAUCAGGGAAGACCCUAAAGAAGGCAUUAAGAUCGUGGGUUUGACUGAGAGACAGGUGUCCACUGCCCAAGAGAUGGUGGGUUGUCUGGAGGUUGGAAAUUCAGUUCGCACCGUGGCCUCCACGGCGAUGAAUGCUGCUUCCUCGCGCUCACAUGCCAUCUUCACCAUCACGCUGGAGCAGCGCAGGGGGACAGACAAAGCCGAUUCGAUUGUUUCGAAAUUGCACCUAGUGGAUCUGGCAGGUUCUGAAAGGCAAAAGAAAACCAAAGCAGAGGGAGAUCGUUUAAAAGAAGGCAUCAGCAUCAAUCGUGGCCUUUUGUCUUUGGGUAAUGUGAUCAGUGCCUUAGGGGAUGAAAGCAAGAAAAGUAGCUUUGUUCCUUACAGAGACUCCAAGCUCACCCGCCUGCUACAAAACUCUCUGGGGGGCAACAGCCACACGUUAAUGAUCGCGUGCAUCAGUCCGGCAGACUCAAACAUGGAAGAAACCAUCAACACGCUGCGAUACGCUGACCGUGCUCGCAAGAUUAAAAACAAACCCGUAGUCAACGUUGACCCAAGAGUUGCAGAAACAAACCGCUUGAAACAACAGGUUCAGGAGCUGCAGGUGAUGUUACUUCACGCCCGUGGAGGAGUCGCUCCAGUGCUCUCUGGGCCAGAGUCGACGGUGAAGGUGACUAAGCUGUUGGAAAGGAAUCGCACGCUGCAGGAAGAGAACAAUAAACUAAGCCGGGAGCUGAGCGAGGCAGCGGGACAGACUGCCUUCAUGUUUGAGAAGAUAAUUAUGACGGAGCAUACAAAUGAGAAACUACAAAGCAGAAUGGAGCAACUGAGGGACCAUGCAGCAUGUACAGUGGACCUCGAGAAGGUGUUGGAGACACUGGAGGACCAGGAGUUGAAGGAGAACAUUGAGGUGAUGAGGAACCUGCAAGACAUCAUCUUAGAGCUCAAGAAUGAGAGUGAUGGCAUCACCGCCUCCAUCGACGCUAUGGCUGCAGGAGAGGAUGGACCUGAGGUGUCCGGCAAUGGCAGUAAAAAUGACGAUGCAGAUGUCACCGGCAAUGCUGCCAAGGACUCCCCAGAGGUGACUACCCAUCAUGCACUGCGACAGGCUCAGCUCUCCAAGGAACUGAUCGAGCUCAACAAAGUAUUGAACUUGAAGGAAGAUUUUGUGAGGAAAAUGUGCCAGAAUGACACCCAGCUGGAGCCGAUGCAAACGGAGCACCAGAAAAAUGUACAGUCUCUUCAAACCGCGGUGGAUUCUCUGCUGAAGGAGAAAGAGAGCCUCAUUUUUGAACUUCAGUCUGCAAAGAAAGACACUAACCAGGCAAAGCUGAGUGAGCAGCGGAGGAAGAGACUGCAGGAGCUCGAGUGCCAUCUGGUCGACAUGAAGAAGAAACUUCUGGAGCAAUCCAAACUGCUGAAACUCAAGGAGUCCUCUGUUAAGAAAGUUGGCAGCCUCAUGCACGAGAUACAGUCCAUGAAGACCCAGCGUACACAGCUGAUGAGGCAGAUGAGAGACGACUCUGAGAAAUUUAGACACUGGAAGAGCAAGAAGGACCGAGAGGUGCUGCAGCUGAAGGAGAAGGAUCGUAAACGCCAGUAUGAGUUGCUUAAACUUGAGCGGGAUUUCCAGAAACAAGCCAAUGUUUUGCGUCGUAAAACUGAGGAGGCUGCAGCUGCAAACAAGCGGUUGAAAGAUGCGCUACAGAAGCGAAGCGAGGCCUCAGAUAAACGCAACAGAGGAAUCGAGGGAUCUGCUGCCAGACUUAAGACAUGGCUACUCAAUGAAGUGGAGGUGAUGGUGAGCACAGAGGAGGCCCGGCGCCACCUCAACGAUCUGCUGGAGGACCGGAAGGUCUUGGCUCAGGACAUCCACCACCUCAAACAGCAGAUAGAGGCCGGAGACCGACCUGCUGCCAAAAUCAGGCGUCGGACUCUGAUCAUCUCCGAGCUGGAGACCCAGGGGGUGCUGGAGACUCCUUUGACCAAACAGGUGGAGAAUCUGGAGACGGAGAUCGUCCUCAGGAACGCCCAGAUAGCCGACCUUCAGCAGAAAGUUCUUGUGGCUGACGGCGAGGGCCGUUUGAAACAGCGCCUCGAUAGCAUCCCGAGCAUCGUCGACGCCAAGUAUGCCGUCAAGGUCCUCAUGUCUGAGCUGGUGUCUGCGAAAACAGCCAGUGGCAAGCUGGAGAGCGAGCUCAAACAGGAGAUGGGGAAUUUACAAGAUUUAAAGAAGAUGAUGAAUGAUGAGAGAAACGUGAUGUCCACCAUGGACAUGGAGCAUCAGCAGCAGCUGGUGGAACUCGAGCAGGGGCAUCAGGAGAAGGUCCAUUACUUCCUUAAUCAGCUACAAAGCAAGGCCAUAUGUGAGAAGUCAGAUGAGACGAAACAGAAGGACAAGGAGAGUUCGAAGGAGAAGGAACUUCUCCAGCGCCUCAAAGUUCAGGGAGAAGAGCUUGAAAAGCUGCAAGAAUUAAGUGAGCAGAACCAGACACUGGUGCAGCAGAAUGAGCAAUAUAAAGAGAAGCUCUCACUGCUCCGCCUGACAAGUGGAAAGAAAAUCCUCGCGCCGACGACCAACAAUGAAAGGAGCCUGAAUGACUCGUAUGAUUAUGUUCCUCCCAAGCCUAAAGCGAAGCGCUUCACCACAGCGAAAGCGCCGCUGGAUACGACCAUCGACAUCGAAGAGCUGAUGUCUCCCAGCGAGGACGAGAACGAGGGGGAACCGGACAAGUGGCGCCCGGAGAAACCGGAGAAGAUGCGCAGGACCUCAAAGAAACCAAAAGCAACCGGGUGUGCGUGUAAAGGUCGCUGCGGCAAUAGGCAGUGCCGCUGCCGCAAAGGAAAGUUAACAUGCGGGGAGAACUGCCAGUGUGAUCGCGAGAAAUGUCGAAAUAUGGAUAACCAGGUGCUUGCUGAGGAUGUAAGUCAGACAGAAAACGCCUCCAGAGACUCUGUGUCUCUUCAAGAUCCCGCGUUCGACAGCUCUGACAACACCACGUUCUUUAAGCCGCCGUCCUGUACACCCACGAAGAAGGCGCUAAAAGACAUCGGAGACUUGGGGCAUGCCACUGCGGACCUGAAGUUGUUAAGGAAACCGAUCGUGCCAGAGGAGGAGGAAGAAGUGGAGGAAGAGGAGGAUGACGACGACAAGGGCAGAACAACAAUCAGCUUCCUCAAGAAGAAGAAAAGACUCCUGACCAGUUUUCAGAACAGCUUUUUCUCCGGAUGCACUCCGAUCAAGGAGGAAUCUUAGUCCUUUUGUGCCGUAGUUGUCCAUAUGUGCAUUUUUAAAAGCGUUGUGUCCUCGUCUGCUUUUUACAGGUGACUAAAUGUCUUGUAUUGUAACGUGAAGGUAGCUGUUGAUUCUCCGACACGGUGUUUCCUGUAGAGGGGAACAACAGGACUGAAUAGCAUGGACAUCUUUUACUGGCAUUCACAAUGAGAUGAUCAAGAAGCCUGUACAUAAUAAUUUAGUUGAGCACGUUGGAUGAUAUUUCUUAUAUCGGAAGGCUAAAUAGACUUUGCUUAUUUGUAAAAUUGUCGUUUCCACACCGCGUCUUGGGGAGCAACCUUUUAGGGUUUUUUCACUGCGUUUACCGUCUGAGCUGAAUAAAGUCUUGCAGUCAAAUCUUA